CUGCUGCCGGGCCCAUGGCGAGCACGUCGGCGGAGAUCAUCGCCUUCCUGCUGACCAUCUCGGGAUGGGUGCUCGUCUCCUCCACGCUGCCCACCGACUACUGGAAGGUGUCCACCAUCGAUGGCACGGUCAUCACCACCGCCACCUUUUGGGCCAACCUCUGGAAGACCUGUGUGACCGACUCCACCGGCGUCUCCAACUGCAAGGACUUCCCAUCCAUGCUGGCGCUGGACGGUUACAUCCAAGCCUGCAGAGGAUUGAUGAUCUCCGCUGUCUGCCUGGGCUUCUUCGGUGCUAUUUUUGGACUGGUUGGGAUGAAAUGUACAAAAGUUGGAGGCUCUGAUCAGACUAAAGCAAAAAUAGCUUGUUUAGCUGGACUGAUUUUCAUACUCUCUGGGUUGUGCUCUAUGACUAGUUGUUCCCUGUAUGCAAACAGGAUAACGUCUGAGUUCUUUGACCCUUCUUUUGUUGCACAAAAGUAUGAAUUAGGAGCAGCUUUGUUCAUUGGAUGGGCUGGAGCUUCACUCUGCAUAAUUGGUGGCAUUAUAUUCUGCUUCUCAAUAGCUGAAAACAGUAAUUCUGCAAGGAGGGGGUAUGCCUAUAAUGGAGCCACAUCUGUGAUGUCUUCUCGUACAAAGGUCCACAACAGUGUCCCUGACAAAACCCCACCCAAGCACUUUGACAAGAACGCUUAUGUUUAGUUGCACUCUUGGAAGACUCAAAGCGUUUUUAAACAUGAUUUUGUACGUUUCAUUCAGAGUGAUUCCCCCCACCCCAACCCCCAUGUACUUACCACUAA